CGCAGCGCGGGCGCGCGGCCGGCGGCGGUUGGCGGCGCGUGGGGCCGGCGGGCGAUUGCUGUGAGGAGGACUCGGGCGCGGGCGGCGAGCGCCGGCGCCAUGGUGGAGAAGGAGGAGGCCGGCGGCGGCAUCAGCGAGGAGGAGGCGGCGCAGUAUGACCGGCAGAUCCGACUGUGGGGGUUGGAGGCCCAGAAACGGCUGCGGGCCUCCCGGGUGCUUCUUGUCGGCAUGAAGGGACUCGGGGCUGAAAUUGCCAAGAACCUCAUCCUGGCAGGAGUGAAGGGACUGACCAUGCUGGACCACGAACAGGUUUCUCCAGAAGACCCCGGAGCGCAGUUCCUGAUCCGUACUGGGUCUGUGGGCCGAAACAGGGCCGAAGCCUCUUUGGAGCGAGCCCAGAAUCUCAACCCCAUGGUGGAUGUGAAGGUGGACACUGAGAAUAUAGAAAACAAACCCGAGGCGUUUUUCACUCAAUUUGAUGCUGUGUGUCUGACUUGCUGCUCCAGGGAUGUCAUAGUGAAAGUUGACCAGAUCUGUCACAAAAAUAGCAUCAAGUUCUUUACAGGAGAUGUUUUCGGCUACCACGGAUACACGUUUGCCAAUCUCGGAGAGCAUGAAUUCGUAGAGGAGAAAACGAAGGUUGCCAAGGUUAGCCAAGGAGUAGAAGAUGGACCUGAUACCAAGAGAGCAAAACUGGACUCGUCGGAGACAACUAUGGUCAAAAAGAAGGCGGCCUUCUGCUCCGUUAAAGAAGCCCUGGAAGUGGACUGGAGCAGCGACAAGGCGAAGGCGGCUCUGAAGCGCACUGCCUCCGACUACUUCCUCCUCCAAGAGACCAGGACCCACUCGCUCACCAUGGCGCCUGUAGCACCUAGGUCUGCUGGGCACACAGGAAGUGCUCAGGCAUGCUCGCGAACGAACGAAUGCGUGCUACUUCUUGGAGAGUGGGGCUCAGCCUGGGCUACUCGCCACCAAAACUUGCUCCUGAAGUUCCGCACGGAUAAGGGCAGAGAUCCUAGUUCUGACACCUUUGGGGAAGAUUCUGAGCUGUUGCUGCAGAUCCGAAACGAUGUGCUCGACUCCCUGGGCGUUAACCCUGACCUGCUUCCCGAAGACUUUGUCAGGUAUUGCUUCUCCGAGAUGGCCCCCGUGUGUGCAGUGGUCGGAGGGAUCCUGGCCCAGGAAAUUGUGAAGGCCCUGUCUCAGAGGGACCCUCCUCACAACAACUUCUUCUUUUUUGAUGGCAUGAAGGGGAACGGGAUUGUGGAGUGCCUUGGCCCCAAGUGAACCCGAGACUUGGCAGCCCGGAGACGCCGACCUGCAGCAUGCCCACUUGUGCCCCGGCCCCUUCCCCUCGAAGGCAUCUCCAGGCAAGGGAGAGAGGAAGUCAUGGGACCAGUACAGACCGUGUCCUGCAAGCAGGGCGGCCGUGCGAUGUGCCUCUUGCCAGUACCAGCAGCUGCUGACCAAGGGGCACAGGGCCUGGCUGUCUCCAUCCCAGCUCUGUCAGGACUGCCGGCCCCUGAGUGGCGAGCCCCUGAACGCCCCACGGAUGCCUCUCUGUCCUGGUGCCGCCGUGGGGUCGCCACCCUCUGGGGUACUGUUGGGGAAGCCUGCCAGGAACCAGCGCACCUUGUUGCUUAGGAGCCCCUGCCGCCUUCUCGGACUUAGUCCCCGCAUGAUGUCAUACAGCGAGGAGCAUGACUUCAGGUGGGGACUAAGGCCCAGGGCCGAGGGAGCGCUGGUGGCACCCCAGUUCCCAGCACAGACGGGGCCCUAGAGGGAAAAGCGCGGCAGGCGGAAUGCAUCUCCUCCAGAGUCUGAGAUCCUGGAAAACAACAGCUGGCAUCUGCUGUGCUGGUCUGGGGUGUUGGUUUAGGCUUAGUUGAGUUCCAGCCUGGAUUUUGGAACAGAGGAAAUGUUACCAAGUCCUCUUGGGUAUUAAGGCAAGACCUUGCAAAUUGAGUAUUAGUGGGAAAACUUUGUUUGAAAAAGGAUUCUGGUUUGUUGGGGCUGAGCUAGGCCGGGGAGCCUGCGUUUGAUUGACCCCCGGCACUGAUGCGGCGCCCACCGCUCUGCAGGGCGCGGCCUUAGGGCUGCGUCGCUCCUUCGUUUACCCCCUGCAUCACAGCUGUUGGUGUUUUUUAUAUUCUCUAUAUUUUCUUGGCUCUUUGAAAAGGAAUGAUAGAAAUAAAGUUAUUUGCUUUAGAA